AUGCAACCAACAACAUGUACCUUACCAACCAUUGUACAAAGUUUCGAAGUUGCUGAUGUCACAUCACUAUGGAACAAAUUUCCAUCUAUUAUCAACAAGCUUGAAGAAACUGUUAGUCGAUUUCGUUGUCCAAAAGGAUGGAAACGUGUAGGUGCUUCAUGUUAUUAUCUCUCCAAUGUAUCAUCAACAUCUGUUACUGCUAACAAUACGUGUAAUCUUCAUUCUAAUUAUUCAAAUCUUAUUCAAAUACAAAAUGUAGUUGAACUAUUCUAUGUUGCUCAUGUUUUGUCAAGAAAUAAAUUGUCAUCAAUAAUGGUUUCUAUAGAUCCGAAAUUAUUUAAAGAAAAAAAUCUCGUAGAACUAUUAAAAACUGAUCAAAAUCGAUGGAAACAAAUGAAACAAGAAAUGAAUCAAGCACGUAUUAAAUAUCAGAAUUUAACAACAAGAAUUAUUCGUCGAUUAAAUUCAGUUGGUUUACAUAUGAUGAGACGUACAAGAAAAAUAAAACAAGAUGAAUCAAAUGAAACAAUAUUAAAUGUUAGUUUAGUUGUUCAUAAUAAUAAUGAAUAUGAAUAUGAUGAUCUUGAUUCAACAGAUGAAAAUGAUGAAUUUGAAAAAAUCGAAGAUAUUCAUAGUAUUUGUCACGAAAUUGAUUGGAAUGCUUUAAAUGAUAAUUCAACUGCAUAUAUUUUAACAAGAUACAGUUUAUCAACUAAAAAUAUUUGUUCAUUGAAUAAUAUUGAAUCUAAUAUUCAUUAUGAUCAUAUUUUACUUGACUUUUGUUUUAUGAAUGUUAUUUGUGGUAAAUAUGGACAUUGUGUUAAUACAUUAACAGGUUUCAAAUGUUCAUGUUCAUUUUUGUAUGGUGGUCUUCUUUGUGAUAGAAGUAUGUAACAGUUUUUCAUUAAUAAAUAGUUAAACAUGCAGCUAAAAAUAAAAUAUUCAUAAUUUGAAAGUAUUUUACUUCGUUAUAUUUAAUAAUCUAUAAAAAGUCUAAUAUUGAUUAGUUUGUUAAUGAAAGAUCAUAUCAAGAUUCAGACAAACAAGAAAAUUUACAAGUUUCGGAUUCCAAAAUUUUAGGCCAUGAUGAAAGGAAAAGCUGUUCUUCAAGAUGUCAAAUUUGUUUUUUCAAAAAGGAUUUUAUAGAUGGGAAUAUGAUAUGAUGAAUCCUUUGACUAGAUAAUUAUAUCAUACAGAGCAAAAUUUCUAAAAACAUAUUCACACCCUAAUUUUCAAUGAAUUUGUUGAGAUGAAAAAUAGCAGAUGGAGUGUUUUUCAAAAUUCUUAUUUUUAAUUAUUAAUAGUAUAGCAUUCAUUUUAGUCGUUGUAUUGAAUGAAAAAAAUUGUUUGAUAUUUGCCUGACUACUGAAUUCAAAAUCAGAAAUGAUAUGCAAUAGAAAGGGACAUGGUUUUUCAUAUUAAACUGAUUGAACUAUUCUUUUUUUUAGUUUCACAACAAGGUCAACAAAUCCUUAUUAGUUUUGGGUUGAUUAUAAUCCUCUUGAUAAUACCACGCAUAUCAAUUCAACGCUUAUUAAGGUAUUUUGUUAAUUUCAAGAAUUAUCUGACUAAAUGCAAAGUAAAUUUCAUUGUAAUCAAGAAUAACAAACGAUACUUACUGAAAUGUUGGCAUCUUUUCAUAAUCAUCGAAUAACAUUUACGGCAGGAUUUAAAUUAUAUAUACGCUGUUGGAUAUAAAUGAAUUUGAUCAGAUUGAGAUAUAAAUAUGUGAUAUACAUAUCUUAGCCAAAAAUAUUGACUUCAUAAUACUUAGUAAACAUAUUUUGUCAAUGCUUAGAACGAAAUUAAGUUGAAUUAUUCAAAAAUUUUGAUCUUUAUGAGAAUGAAAUUUUCGAAUUUUUACCAUUAAUUUAGUUUCUUAUGUCUAUAACAAAAAAACCUAACUUUAGUNAAAAUUUCGAAUCUUGUUUUCAUGUCAUUACCUUCCAAUGGCAACCAUAUAUGUCAAACUUGAAACUUGAAUUCAAUUGAAGUUUCAACUUUCAACUUUCUAGCCUCAAAUGAGCAGCACUUUGUAGAAUCACCACUAUCCCGCAUUCUCACACACACAUCAUCGCAGCUGGUGAGGGUGCGGCGAAAGGACUGAUCAGAAAAGGACUGGCCACGAAACGACACACAACACAUCGCACCUGGUGAGGGUGCUGCGAAAGGAUUGGCCAGAAAAGGACUCAUCACGAGACGACACACAUCACAUCGCACCUGGUGAGGGUGCUGCGAAAGGAUUGGCCAGAAAAGGACUGAUCACGAGACGACCCAUAUCACAUCGCAGCUGGUGAGGGUGCCGCGAAAGGACUGCCCAGAAAAGGACCCGUCGCGAAACGACUUGAAAGUUGAAGCUUGAAAGUUGGAAGUUGAAACUUGAAACUUGAAACUUGAAACUUGAAAGUUGCAACUUGAAACUUGAAAGUUGAAACUUGAAAUUUGAAAUUUCAGUUGAAAGUUGAAAUUUCAAUUGAAUUCAAGUUUCAAGUUCGACACUACUGAUGGCAACCCCAGUCGCCAUUUUAUGUCGUACAGUUUCUUGUUUAAUCGAUUCGUGCGAAAAUUUUUAAACCCAUUUUAUUCAACAGCAGCUACUUUUGUCAAUAUUUAUUGCGUAGGUAGCUUAGUGGAUUCCCUACACAUCAUGUGUAAAGAGUUCUUUGGUAUCCCACAUUCUGCAUUUUCUGCAAUUUUUCUAAAACUGGUAAUUUCAGUUGCCAAUGCGGGGGGGGGGGGCAAAAGUGUUAAGAACGAAAAGCAAGUAUUUGUCAGUAUACUUUGCUGCAUACAAAAUAUAUCACUUCAAAAUGAAUUAAAUCCUUCUUUCCUCUUCUUUUACUAUUCUUUUUUUUUCACUAUGCAUACAUAUACAUCAGUCAAUUUGAAGUGAAGAAAGAGCUAUUCGAUUUCAAUUUCAAUUUCGCAUCUCUUAUCUUAACACACUACCACAAAAAACGACAAGCAUAUGAAAAAAUGUCAAUGAUCAUUUUUUCACUACUAUGUGUAUUCUUGAUUCAAUUUUCGAUACAACCAACAGCAUGUAUCUUACCAACCAAUGUACAAAGUUUCGAACUUGCUGAUAUCACAUCACUAUGGAACAAAUUUCCAUCUAUUAUCAACAAGCUUGAGGAAACUGGUACGUUUUUCGAAUAUAAUAAGAUGAAGGAUAUUCAGCAAGGGAAUAUUUUCUUUUUUCAGCGAAAAACUAAUAAAAAUUAUCUAAAUCGUAAAAUUUUACCUUCGUAUUUGAAUAAAUAAUACUUUGUAUCAAUUGGAUUAAUAUCAAUAAAAUUUUAUUUAUUCAUAAGAACAAUGUGUUAAAAAUUUAUUUUUUGACAAUUGAAAUGUUUUAUUGAAGUGGAAAACUAAACAUAAUUGCUUGUUCUUGAUAUAAUUAGAAUAAGGCGUCAAGUGUCCUUUAGAUCACACGAUAUAUAUUUACUUCAAACAAUUAACAUUGCUAAGAGAAUAUAGACUUUUGACGUAAAACUAAGUUCACAUAGAAAACCUAAUUAUGUCAAAUAUCAACCAGUGCUUAUAAAAUACAAUGUUCUUGCGUGUAACAUACUCCCUCGGACAAAAAAAAACGCCCUUUUUCCAUUUCAUUUUUGCAUCACUUAAUAAGUUGUUUUAGAAAAACAAAAUAUACCAGGAGUUGCAGCGUGAAAAGCCCUAUAAAC